AAACACRCUGAACAAUGUGUGCAAACGUAAAGAGAUAAUAACAGACGCUGUCCUUAAUACACUCACAGGGGUGACAUAAACUACAAACAAUGAGCUGAACAGCAACGGCCUCCAAAGUAAAAUGUGACGCUGUCGUCAGAAUGUGCUCAGAUGCGCUGUCUUUGGGCCAAAGCGAAGAUGAGACAUCCUCUUCUGUCUCGCUCCUCCCCCUCUUCAGAGUUCUGCAGUAUUUCAGUCUUCAGGAGAACAAGGAAAACCAGAUAAUGUAGGGACUGAGCAACCACAACCUUUCAGACCCACACKUCUACCCUCUGCAGGUACACAGCGAGCUUGAAAUUUGGCAUCCAGACUGCAGUUAUUGGUCGGUUCGUUUCAUUCUUCACUCCGUCCUGAUGAGGAGCGAAGAUGACUUCUGUGGCGUUUUCUGAGAAMGUUUYRAAGCCUUCUUGCCUCCACGCUUUUUAUUUCUUCUCUUAUUGUUAGGACUUUGUUAUCCUGUAUUUAUUUAUUGAUUGAUUUUGACCGGACUCCAGUGAGGACUUUCCUAGCCUGUGUUCACUCAUGUUGACUGAACAGUGUGGAGCCAUGUCACUGGGGUCAGAUGUUUGUGACCUGACCUUCCUGCCGCCAGCGCCCUCUGUGCCGUCCCUGCCAGGAGCUGUUGGUGGCUGUGGGAUGUCUGUUGGCAGUGGUCCGUGGACCCAGCUGCUGGACCUCCACCCCAGCUCUCCCUACAGCUCCCUGAACUCCCACCACUCCCUCAUAAAGCAGGAGCCGAGCUGGGGGACCACAGACCCAACGGAGGACCCUCACUGCGGGGCCUUUACCGUGCACUUCUCCAGCCAGCUAACGGGCUCAGGCCCCUGUCGGGUCGGUCCCUUUGGGGAACCGGCUGCGGGUCAAACAAGGAUGUUUGCCAGCGGAGCCUACCUGCCCGGCUGUGUGGACAGCRCCCCUGCACCCAGGAACCAAGGUUAUGGAGCUGUGGGUUUCGACAGCAACCCCAGUUAUGGUCACACGCCAUCCCACCACACCCCCCAGCUCUCCAGCUUGUCCUUCAAGCAUGAGGACACGCUGUCGCCGACGAACAACAUAGUUGAUCCACAGUACUCCACACCUAAUCCCAUGUUUGGUUGCCACAAUCCUGCAGAACCUUGUCCAAGCAACCAAGCUCUGCUGUUAAGAAACUACAACAGUGAUAAUUUGUACCAAAUGGCGUCUCAGCUGGAGUGUGUCACGUGGAACCAGAUGAACACCUUGACAUCCUCCAUGAAGAGCAGCAAUUCAACCAGCUUUGACAGCGACCCCACAACCCCAACUCCACCCAUGCUCGUCAGCGCCCAGUACCACAUACACACACACGGGGUUUUCAGAGGACUUCCGGAUGUUCGACGAGUACCAAACAUGGCUCCUCCUUCAAUCGUGAAGUCUUCAGCUGCCAGUGAGAAACGUCCUUUUGUGUGCAUUCACCCCGGCUGCAACAAGAAAUACUUCAAGCUGUCACAUCUGCAGAUGCACGGCCGUAAACACACAGGAGAAAGGCCGUACCAGUGUGACGUGACAGAGUGUGGUCGUAAAUUUUCUCGCUCAGACCAGUUGAAGAGGCACCAGCGCAGACACACAGGAGUGAAGCCCUUUGAGUGUGAGACGUGUCAGAGAAAGUUCUCACGGUCAGAUCAUCUUAAGACGCACACUCGGACUCAUACAGGUAAAACAAGUGAGAAGCCCUUUACUUGCCGCUGGCCCAACUGUCAGAAGAAGUUUGCCCGCUCAGACGAGCUGGUGCGGCACCACAACAUGCACCAGAGGAACCUGACCAAGCUGCAGCCUGCCAUCUGAGCAGUCAGAGGACGGGGAGGAAGAUGAAGAGGAAGGUGACAAUGUGUUGUGCCAGCUAGUAGAGAGAGAAAGAGAAAAAAAAACAUACACCUGGAGCCUGGUCAGCAGUUUGUGUGCCUGGACAGAUUUGCUGAAGCUGCUUCAGUCAGACACACGAUGCGAUGAACACAGACUCUCUGAAGACUCGGAGGAUCUGGCUCCUGUCACGAUUAUGUGACAUUAAAACUUGGACUUAGAGAAGGUUGAACACCACAGUUAUUAUGAGCCAAGGAGACCUUUUUGUAAUGAAGAUGAGGAAAGCAUUGAUACACUUGUUUUUUUUUUUUCUAUGCACUUGCACUGCCUUACUUUUUGCUGUUUAAAUCGUCUGACCUUGAAAACAUGCUGGACAUURCAAACUGGAUUUAGCGUUAGGAGAAAGAGGAAAUCAUCACUUUUUGUCCACUUAGCUUGAAAAUUCUUUGCUUUUAAAAUUAUAACUUUUUUUUAAGAUAGAGAAUACUCACCCGACUAACUGCAUCUAAAGCAUGGGAUGUGUUUCUUGUAAAAAAAAAAUUCGCUUUUGGUGUUAUCUUUUUUUUGUAAGUUUAUAAAAACUGGAUUCACAUCUGCUCAAAGUAAAGACGUGUGUAUGCGUGGGUGAAAGACAAA